AACACUGCCUUAUUUCCCCCUAUAUAAAUAACUCAUCUUCCCUUACAACUCUUUCUCCUGCAGCAUGGUGUGCCAAUUACUCAAUUCUUUAAUUCUUUCUCUUCUUCAACAACGCCACCACCUUCACCACCCUCCUUAAAUUUAUUUUUAACGAAAACUUUGGUGCAUCGCGCAAAAAGAUUUCUCAAAUUUACAACGAAAACUUUAAUACACCGUGCAAUCAACAAUGCUGGUCUCGGUAUUCCUCGCUCUUUUCCUUCCAUGCGUUGGAAUGAGCGCGGUGUUCUUAGUUUACAUCUGUCUACUCUGGUACGCUGCAGCGUACCAGAAUUCCGGGGCCACUGGACCCGGACAAGACCCAGUGAAGACGAAUGAACAGAAAGGUCUUAACGAGGCACAAUUAGAUAAAUUACCAAAAAUUACUGGGAAAGAAUUGGUAAUGGGAAAUGAUUGUGCGGUGUGUUUGGAUGAAAUUGAGAAUGAGCAAAUUGCUAGAAUUGUACCAGGUUGUAAUCAUGGAUUUCAUGUUGAAUGUGCUGAUACUUGGCUUUCGAAAAAUCCAAUUUGUCCCGUCUGUAGGACUAAAUUGGAGCCUGAGUUCUUUAAUCCACCUGAAAGUAGUAGCCCAUGUUGAAGAAAAUGAGGAUUAAAGAUGUAAAACAUUUGAUUUAUUUUUAUGUCUGACAGGUUAAGAGGAGUAGUUAAUUAGUCAUUUCAUAUAGAUUGGGAUUAUUAUGGGUGUUUAAAUUUUGUUGGUUUGAUUUUGGAUCUUGGGUGGUGGGGUGUUGUUAUCAGAAAUAGCUUAAGUCAAUCAAGUACAGUUUCAUAUA